GAAGACAAAAAUAAUGUCCUUGUGUUGAGUGAUGACUACAUCGCUCUGAUCAAUAGUUUCCACUCGGCUGUUGUGAAUACAGAAAUCAAUCAUCUGCAGAGUGGGUUUGACAAACAGAGUUCAGACAGAGUUGAUCUGCAGCAGUGACAGGGCGGACACGGAGGUCAUUGGUUCAAACCCCACAACCUUCUGAAGUGAUGGGUUCGUCUGAAACACUGGCAGGUCUGCAGGAGCUCCUACACGGAUACACGGUGGAAGUCCUCCGCUGCCGACCCACAGACUUGGUCGAAUUUGCCGUGCAGCAUUUUACACGAGUUCUAGAAAAGCAGAGAAAUGAGCAAGGCAGCACAAAAUCGGCCAAAAAAGGAGUUACGUUUGAUGCCAAAGAAGAAGAGGAUGAAGAGGAGCAGGACGUCACAGUUGCGGGCAGCGCUGGCGCGCACAGACGCAGAGUUUCAGUUUGUGCCGAGGCCUACAAUCCUGAUGAGGACGAGGAGGAGGACGAAGAACCUCGAGUGGUGCAUCCAAAAACUGAUGAGCAACGACGGAGGCUCCAGGAUUCCUGCAGAGAUAUUUUACUGUUUAAAUCACUGGACGACGAGCAGUUCUCCGAGGUUUUAGAGGCCAUGUUUGAGGUUUUGGUCAAACCUCAGGAGCACAUCAUCGACCAAGGAGACGACGGGGACAAUUUCUACGUCAUAGAGAAAGGUGUGUAUGAGAUCUUUGUGAAGACGGACGGAGCAGAUGUGUGUGUCGGUAAAUACGACAACAAAGGGAGUUUUGGCGAACUGGCUCUGAUGUACAACACUCCCCGAGCUGCAACCAUCAUGGCAGCGAUGGACGGCGCUCUGUGGGGCCUGGUGAGUCCAACACGUGUUCGUUCCAGUCCAGAUAGAUCCGUAAACGAAGACGAGAUCAACGUCACUGGUUGGUUUUCUGCUCAGGAUCGAGCCACGUUUCACAGACUGAUCGUGAAAAACAACGCCAAGAAGAGAAGAACGUACGAGGCCUUCAUAGAGAGCGUCCCGCUGCUCGCGUCUCUCGAGCUUCCUGAGAGGAUGAAAAUUGUUGACGUUCUUGGAGCACGGGUUUACAAAGAUGGAGAACGUGUGAUUUCACAGGGCGAGAAGGCUGACUGUUUCUACAUGGUGGAAUCAGGAGAAGUCAGGAUCACCAUAAAAAACAAAGUGAAGCAGGACAGCGUGGAGGUGGAGGUCGCCCGUUGUACGAGAGGAGAAUACUUUGGAGAACUUGCACUGGUCACCAACAAACCUCGAGCAGCGUCAGUGUACGCUGUGGGGGCAACCAAGUGUUUAGUGAUUGACGUCCAGGCCUUCGAGCGUCUACUGGGCCCCUGUAUGGACAUCAUGAAGAGAAACAUCUCACAGUAUGAAGACCAGCUGGUGGCACUGUUGGGUUCCAGGGCUAAACAAUGACAUAGUUAGUAAAACUACUUUAGUAAAACUAUUUAACAUUAGUUCUUAAUUAGAAGUAAUUUUCUUCUUUUACUCAAGUAGAUUUUUGGUGGGUACUUUUACUUUUCUUAAUUACAUUUUUUAGCACUUUUUCCAACUCUGCUAAUUAGUAUGGCAUGUUACUGUGAUCAAAGGUUGAUGUACCAAAAUAGGAUAUAUUAGAGAAAUUAUGUAUUCUUUUUCUAAUAAUGUGUAUUUUGAUUAGUUACAUGCAGAAAAGAUUCCAUUAAAUUCAAAAAUUGUAUAUUUUCUGCAUGUUUCUCAUCAAA